ACAAACUAUCUGACACAAUUCCCCAGUUUAUUGAGUACCAAAUAGCUUUUCAAGUUAUUCAGCAAACAAAAAUAUCGCUAAUCGUCCUUGAAUUGUUGAAACAAAAAGCCAAAUAUUUGCAGCAGCAGUAGUUUCUUUGCUAAGCCAAAGAAGUUACAACUGCAGGUGCAUAAAAAGAGGAUUAAACUAAGUCAUCCGGCAGCACUUUAAACUGAAGCCUCUACCUUCCUGACCAACCUACAGGCCUUGCUGUGCUUUAGCCAGAAGCCCCAAACAAUUGAAGUGCUUAUUUUCUUUCAAGCAACAAAGGUUGAAAAAGCUAUAUAUAGGCCUGCCUCUUCUUUGCACCUCCCUCAUUGGCAAACUUGAUUUCUAUAACUCUCAUGGCAUCAAAGCUCUUCUUUCUCUCUUUUCUGCUUUCCGUUACAGCUAUCUGCUGUGCUGCCAGACAAAAAUUCUCUCUCGCUGGCUUCUCCGAAGAGGAUCUGAGAUCCCCAAAGAAUCUGAAAAAUCUCUUUGAGAACUGGGCAGCGAAACACAGCAAAAACUAUGCGAGCCCAGAGGAGAAACUGAGGAGGUUCGAAGUGUUCAGGGACAAUGUGAGGCACAUUCACGAGGGGAAUAAAGAGAAGAGGAGCUACUGGCUCGGCCUCAACGAGUUUGCCGACAUGAGCCAUGAGGAGUUCAAGGGCAAGUAUCUUGGCUUGAAGAUGGGGAGAAGGGAAGUCGUGCGGAAGUCCUCGAAGUCGACCUUCAUUUAUCAGAAUGCUUCUUUCCUCCCCAAGACGGUGGACUGGAGGAAGAAGGGAGCCGUGACGCCAGUGAAAAACCAAGGAGCGUGUGGGGGUUGCUGGGCUUUCUCGACGGUGGCAGCGGUCGAAGGAAUAAACCAGAUCGUAACAGGGAACUUGACGUCUCUAUCCGAGCAGGAACUGAUCGACUGCGACACAGUAUUCAAUGAAGGAUGCAGCGGAGGUUUGAUGGACUAUGCUUUUGCAUUCAUCAUUGCGAAUGGCGGGGUCCACGCUGAGGAUGACUACCCUUACCUCAUGGAAGAAGGCACCUGCGAGGAGAAGAGGAGUCGCGUUAAAGUCGUAAGCAUCACCGGCUUUCAAGAUGUGCCGGAGAACAAUGAAGAGAGCCUGCUCAAAGCGGUGGCUCAUCAGCCUGUAAGCGUUGCCAUAGAGGCUUCUGGUAGUGACUUCCAAUUCUACAAAGGGGGGAUUUUUGAUGGAACUUGUGGGACGGAUCUGGAUCAUGCGGUGACGGCCGUUGGGUAUGGGUCGUCGUACGCCCAAGAUUACUUCAUAAUAAAGAACUCAUGGGGAGCGGGAUGGGGGGAGAAUGGGUACAUAAGGAUGAGGAGGAACACAGGGAAACCUGAAGGGCUUUGCGGCAUCAACAAGAUGGCUUCUUAUCCUAUCAAAUGGAAAUUGAUCAGUUGAACAUCACAUGCCUGAAUUAUUCAACAAAAAUAUUAUAUGAUGUCUAUGUAGAUUUCUCCAGAUAAUUCAAAUAAUCUACGAAUUGUGCAUUGUCAAUCGGAGUGUAUAUUACUUAUCGGGA